AUGGCCUUGCCUUUGAUCAUUAUUGCUAUCACUGUCAUUGUGCAGGCAUGUCCUCCCAGGUACCCCUACCCUCCUAUGCAACCAAUUCCUGAUCCCUACGGGGGCGGGGGAUACUACCCAGGAGGAUAUACAAGAUAUUCUACUGUGCAUCCACCAGGAGUUCUUCCCACCGUUCGUCCAGUUCGAAAUCGCAAAGCGGAACGUAUUCUGGUGACUGUAAUUAGCAACUUGGACUACGAUCCAAAAUUGAAUAAUGCUCGUCUACAUGCAAGCAAAACAUGGCUCGAAAAUACUCUCCAUUCCAUGGGCGUAAUGAAUAAGACGGAAUCCAUUCCUGCUCAAGUGGCCACUAUCAGCGGCAAAUUCUCCAUUCUUUACACCAUGGAUAAAUUUGAUUGCAAAGAGGUCCUGGAAUUUGCCCGCGCUAUGAAAAACAUGAAAGUUAUUGCCAGCAUCAGAGUCAAGUGUCCUAAAUAUUUGAAAAAUAUAGAUUUUGAUUAA